AGAAUUCACAUCUACCAGUCUUUCUUAGAAACGGAAGACUGAUUGGUGAGUCAGUUCCAGUAACUCACCAUCACCAUCAACUCUCAUGGAUUUCCCUCUUCAAAUUCUCGAAGAAUGGCACAGCCGAAUCAAAUUUCUGUUUCUUCUAGGGAUCAUUCCGCUGCUGCUUCAUCAUCAUCUUCAAAUCACACUUCUUUUCCAGUCCACGAAGAAUAUGAUCAUGAUCAUGAUCAACGGUUACGUCAACUCGAAUUUAGACAGCCAGAGAUAGAGCAGCAGCAGCAGGAAUACAUUGGCAUUUCUAAUCGAGGGAAUUAUUUCGGGUUUAAUGAUGUAGCUUCUGUUAGAGAUGACACGUGUUCUUGUGUCGUCGUGGUUCUCACGUUCUGGUUCUUCGUGUCGAUGACUAUGAUUUUGGGGGUAUAUGGUUCUAUGAGGCUAACCCUAGGACCGAAAUGCUCGGUUCUUUUACAACCUACUCCCAUAUUUGUGCAGUCUAUAAAGGUGGAACAGUUAUAUGAUACUAAUCCGGGGCUGAUACUAUAUGGGUUAUAUACAUCUCCUCCGCUUGAUGUUGUUGAGACUUGGAAUAGAACUCUUAAUUUCUCUGUUUCGCCCGAUUCUCACAAGGAUUUCAUGUAUUUUCUGAAUGAGGGGUCUCGAAUAAAUAUUUCAUACAGGGUGAACUCCCCGAUCUCCUCCGUUUUCCUUAUAAUUGCACAAGGGAGUGAAAGCCUUUCUCAAUGGCUUGAGAAUCCAACUCGUCCAAACACCACUUUAUCAUGGAAUGUCAUUCAAGGAAGUGGUUUUGUCCAGCAGAGUAUAUUCACAUCUGCAAGCUACUAUGUUGCAGUGGGUAACUUGAACUCAGAGGAAGUUGAGGUCCAAUUAACCCUGAGAGUAAGAUCUUUCAUGUACAAUACCACUGAAGCUUACUACAAGUGUACUUUUACUGAUAGCAAGUGUAGUUUGAGCGUAUUGUUUCCCAAUGGAAAUGCUGUUGUCUUAAACUCUCUUGGUCCAGAAGAGGGUUCAUACAGUGAAGAGUGGAAUGUCAAAGUCUCCUAUGGGCCAAGAUGGGCCACAUAUAUUCUUGGCAUAGGUGGAAUGACUGUUAUCAUGAUGGCGGCUUUCAACUUCUUGAACAAGUUUCAAUGUGGUCAUGAAGAUGGAACUAGACUUCAGUUUGGAGUGGUGGAACCUGGGAGAGCUCCCUUGCUUUCACGUAAAGAUGAUGACCUUGCAAGUUGGGGCUCGUCUUAUGAUUCUGCCUCAAAUGAUGAAGAGGAUCUUGAAGAUCUUCUUGCAGCGAGUUCACUUGAAGGGAAAUCAAGAGAUGGUGAAAAUGGCAAUAAUACCCGCCGUCUUUGUGCAAUCUGUUUUGAUGCUCCUAGGGACUGUUUCUUCCUCCCAUGCGGGCACUGUGUUGCUUGUUUUGCAUGUGGAACUAGGAUAGCAGAAGCUGAUGGUACUUGCCCUAUAUGUCGUCGGAAUAUGAGGAAGGUGAGGAAGAUUUUUACAGUUUAAGCAACAUGAAGUAGUUCGAAACACUCGCAUAUCCUGUAAUAACUUGCAACAUAGAUUAGUUGCAUCUAAACCAUUGCUUUCAUGCCCAUGAGAUACUAUUUGACUGUAUAGCGGUAGAUUCAAAUCAUUGAUGGAGAGAUGCAGUUGUAUGAUCUUGAUCUUUAAAGUGGAAGACCCUGCCUCAUGUUUUUUUUCUGGCUUUCCACCAUGUAAUACUAUCUUUUUGUAUAAGCGUAGAAUUCAUAUACCUAGGACCCAUUACUAUUCAAAGGCUUAAUGCAACAGGUUAUACUGUCUUUUUUCA